AUGAAUGAUUGUGUAGGGAAGGAGGUGGAUUGCUGGUUGGGGAUACCAUAUGCAGCACCGCCUAUGGGAGACCUUCGUUUUCGGCAUCCGAAGCCCAUCGAGAGGUGGGAGGGGAUUCACGAAGCGGACAAGAAACCCAACAGCUGUUGGCAGAACAAAGACACCACUUACCCCGGAUUCCUUGGUUCGGAGAUGUGGAACCCGAACACGAACCUGAGCGAGGACUGUCUCUACCUGUCGAUAUGCGUGCCGAAACCACGUCCUCGCAGUCUGGCCACGAUGGUGUGGAUAUACGGAGGAGGGUUCUUCGCGGGGACUUCUACGUUGGACGUCUACGACCCGAAAAUCCUCGUCUCCGAAUACAACAUCGUGUUUGCUGCCAUGCAGUAUCGAGUCGCUAGCUUGGGUUUCCUCUAUCUGGACACACCGGAGGCACCGGGGAACUCGGGGCUCUACGACCAACUCAUGGCCUUGACCUGGAUCAGCGAAAACAUCGCUGCUUUUGGAGGGAAUCCCAAAAAUAUCACCAUCUUCGGGGAAUCCGCAGGCGCCGUCUCAGUCAACUUUCAUCUCUUUAGCCCCCUGUCUCGACACUUGUUUCAACAGGCCAUCUUAGAAAGCGGAAGUAACACGGCCCCGUGGGCCGUGUUGCCUAAGGAAACCGCCUUGGGUCGGGCGGCCAUGCUGGCCGAGGGGAUGGAAUGCCCGACGAACGUCCAGAAACCGGAGGAGAUGGUGGAAUGUCUGAAGAGGAAAGAUCCCGGUGACCUGGUGUUAAACGAGUGGAACGGCGUGUCGGGGAUCGUGGAUUUCCCUUUCGUCCCCGUAGUGGAUGGUGCCAUCGUGGAUAUGAGCCCACUGGAUGCCAUUCGGUCGAGACACUUCAAAAAGUGUAACAUUCUCAUCGGAUCGAACGAGGAAGAGGGCUCCUUCUGGCUUCUCUAUUACCUCCCGCAUAAGUUCCAGGUUCAAGGCCUGGACCGGCCACCGGAACACGUCCAGUUUAACAUGAGUGACUACCGGCAGACGUUAAACGAUCUCUUCCGCGGAUACCCGGAGAUAGUGAUCGAAGCGAUCGCCCACGAAUACACGAAUUUCGUGGAGACCCGAGACCCGGACACGAUCCUGGACAACUUGGAGAAAGUGGUCGGAGACCUGUAUUUCUCGUGUCCCGUCAAGGACCUGGCGGAUGCGUACGUGCAGGAACGGGGAUUGGACGUGUACAAGUACUACUUCACGCACAGGGCAAAGGGAGGCCCGUGGCCGAAGUGGGUGGGUGCCUAUCACGGCGACGAGAUCCUCUACGUCUUCGGCGUGCCUCUCAUCCGAUCCGACGUCUACAGCAAGGAAGACGUGGAACUUUCUCGCCGCAUGAUGCAGUUCUGGACCAACUUUGCCAAAACCGGGACGCCGAACAUGGCGGUGCCGGGUGGAAACUGGACGAGGAUCUAUUGGCCCCAGCAUACUUUGUACAGGAGGGAAUUCUUGGACCUGAACGUGGAGGAUCCGUCGAAGAAAGGCCGAGGUCCACGUAUCCGGGAAUGUGCCUUCUGGCGACAAUUCCUCCCUCAGCUACUUCAUGCCACCGGUUAUUUCAGGAAAAUGGAAUCAAAUGAGAGGACACCACUCCUGCAGCAGACCUCAAGGACGGUAUCAAUAAAUACCAGAGAUGCAGAUGAACUAAGACACCAGGUUAUAGUUGGCCAAGAGUAUGGAAAUGAACGGUCUGGUGCCAUAGGCAUCCAGAAUCGGAAACCUCAGAAUAAAAGAGGGUGUUUGGAGAAUCGAUUCCUUGCUCUCUUCUUCAUGUGCUUCAUGGGCUUUGGUUCAUACUUCUGCUAUGACAACCCAGGAGCAUUACAAGGGAAGAUCAAAGAUGACAUGGACAUCAACACCUCCCAAUUUGCCAAUCUCUAUGCCAUUUACUCAUGGCCCAAUGUUGUCCUAUGUUUUGUUGGUGGAUAUCUCCUUGACAGUGUGUUUGGAAUGAGGUUGGGGACAGUGAUAUUUGCAGCAUUUGUCCUCCUUGGACAGAUAGUGUUUGCAGCUGGAGGUCUCCUUGAUGCUUACUGGCUCAUGAUGGUUGGCCGCUUCAUCUUUGGUGUUGGUGGAGAAUCCUUGGCUGUUGCUCAAAACAUGUAUGCUGUUAGCUGGUUCAAGGGCAAAGAGUUGAACAUGGUGUUUGGCCUCCAGCUCAGUUUUGCCCGAGUUGGGUCUACUGUGAAUUUUGCCUCCAUGAUGUAUGUCUACAGCUACAUCCAUGAAUACUUCAAAGGCCCCAAGUGCAUUGGAGUUGUUCUCAUGAUUGCGGCUGUGACAUGCCUACUCUCCUUGAUAUGUGCCACCCUUCUUGGGUGGAUGGAUGCCCAUCGAAAUAGACAAACGGCUGAAAAUGGAGAUGCUCCAGCUGAAGUGAUUCACCUUAAAGAUGUCAAGGACUUCCCUGCAUCCUUCUGGCUCACAUCUGUCAUUGCUGUGGCUUAUUAUGUUGCCAUCUUCCCAUUCAUUGGCCUUGGACAAGUAUUCUUCGAGCGGAAGUAUUCACUACCCCCAGCAAAGGCAAACCUUGUGAACGGAAUUGUGUAUGUGAUUGCAGCAGUUGCAUCUCCAUUUAUGGGAUUUCUCAUUGAUAAGACAGGGCGGAAUGUGUUUUGGGUCUUCCUGUCCAUCGUUGGAAGUAUUGGGUGCCAUGCUGCACUUGCCUUCACCUUCUGGAAUCCACUCAUCCCCAUGGUUUCCCUGGGGUUCAUGUAUUCAUUACUGGCAAGUUCCCUCUGGCCCAUAGUAGCCCUGGUCCUUCCUGAGCACCAGCUUGGCACUGCUUAUGGCUUAGUGCAAGCAGUACAGAACUUGGGACUGGCUGUGAUCACAAUGGUGGCUGGAAACAUAGUUGAUUCCAAGGGAUAUUUUGUUCUUGAGACUUUCUUCCUAACUUGGCUUUGUAUUAGCCUUGUGGCAAUCGUGCUGCUCUGGCUGAUCGACUUUGGACAGGGAGGAAUCCUCAACAUGUCGAUUGCUCAACGCAACCAAAGAGAACAGGAAACAAUGGCAGCAGAGGCAUUGGAGAGAGAGAAGCUGAUGGCAUCUGGCUCAAUGGCAGACAUCACGCCUCAAGAUCUCUUACACAGGGAGCACCUUUCCGAAUUCUCCAUCCGCAAUCGCUUCUUGUCUCGCAUUGGAGCUCAUAGCAUUAUGAUGUGCGAACGAGGUGCCUGGUGCACAACAAGAUGCUCAGGUGAUACUGGUGUCUUCAUCAUGGCUGUCAAAGCACUAAUGAGUGUUGUGGGUGGAUCGAAUGGGAGUGGGACUGUUCCCCCAAGUGCAAAGAAGAUCAAACUUCAUGGCGGAAGCUCUUCUCCUUCAUUCUUCAGCGAGGACCCUAAGGAGCAGCGACGGCGACUUCCCAUAUUCUCUGCACGUCAAAGGUUGGUGGAGGAGGUUCGAAGGCACGAGAGCGGAAUCGUGAUCGGGGAGACGGGGAGCGGAAAGACAACCCAGGUCCCCCAGUUCCUCCUGGAGGCGGGUAUCCUCGGACCGGGAGGGGCUGUGGCCGUAACCCAGCCGAGGCGCGUGGGCGCCGUCACGCUAGCGAAACGCGUCGCGGCCGAGAUGGGCAUCCCUCUGGGAACCAUUGUUGGAUACGCCGUCCGCUUUGAGGCCGUCGUCUCCCCGGACACCCGCAUCAAGUUCCUCACCGACGGAAUGCUCCUUCGCCAGGCCAUACAAUGCCCAGAGUUGUCCGAUUACUCGGUGGUGAUCCUGGACGAGGCGCACGAGCGAAGCAUUCACACGGACCUGCUGUUUGGGAUCCUGAAAGCGGCGCAACGGAAGAGACGCGGAACCCCGAGACCCCUCAAGAUUCUGGUGAUGUCGGCCACGAUGGACGUGGAUCGCUUCAGCGCUUACCUGGACGGAGCACCUGUCUUGUACGUCCAGGGACGGGAGCAUCCAGUCCAGAUGCUUUACACCAAGACCCCCAUCGGAGAUGACGAUUAUGCCUUCGCGUCUGUCGCCACUGCCCUCCAGAUUCACAGGGAUCGCCCACCUGGGGGAGACAUCCUAGUGUUCCUGACCGGGCAGGAGGAGAUCGAGGCGGCAGCCAAGACCCUCCGCGAAGCCACCAAGCACGCAUCAAAGGAAGAGGGUGGAGGCGUGAAGGUGUGUCCGCUCUACGCCGCUCUGCCGUGGCUGAGCCAACAGGAAGUGUUGAGUCGCCUGGCGGGCCCUCAGCGGAAGAUCAUCCUCAGCACCAACAUCGCCGAAACGUCCGUCACUAUCCCUGGCGUCAAGUACGUCGUGGAUUCCGGGCGCGCGAAGAUUCGUACUUUCGACCCUUCCACGGGCCUCGAGGUCCUCCAGGUGACAAAGAUCUCGAGGGCGCAGGCGUGGCAGCGAUCGGGACGCGCCGGGCGGGAGGGGCCUGGCGUCGCGUAUCGUGUCUAUGCGGAGUCGCAGUACCAUGCCUUGAGCGAAUUCCCCACCCCCGAGAUCCAGAGAUGCAACCUGAGGACGAUCCUGUUGGAACUGUUGGCUGUCGGGGUUCAGGAACCCUCCUCCUUUGACUUCUUGGACAAACCUUCUCCCAAGGCGGUGGAGAACGGCCUGAAGGAGCUGCAGUACUUGGGAGCCAUCGAACGCAUGGCAGACGACGGAGUGCGACUCACGCAGACGGGACGACGGCUCGCCUCCUUCCCCCUCGACCCGAGAUUCUCCAAGAUUCUCCUUUCUGCCUCCCAUCUCGGUUGUCUGGAAGAGGCGGUGAGCGUGGUGUCGCUGCUGUCUGGCGAGUCCGUCUUCCUCGCCUCUCGAAGCGAUCAAAGGGGUCGAGAACGAAGGGAUCAUCCUCACGGACGUUUCUUCGCGCCUGAGGGGGACGUCGUUGCCCUACUCAACGCUUUUCGCGCCUACAAGUCCGUCAAAGCCAGCAAGACGUGGUGCUACGAGAACGAAUUGAAUUGGAGGACCCUCUCGUAUGCGACCGAAGUGCGGAAGCAGCUGAUGCAAUGCUGCCAGAGACAGAACCUUCAGCCGAGUUCCUGCGGGAAAGAUUUGACCCCCUUGCGGCAGAGUCUCGCCUCCGGUCUAUUUAUGUCCUCUGCCGAGCUCCAGCCCGACGGUUCCUACUCCACUGUCAGUCUCACCUCCGUACUUGUAGGGAGCAGGCAGAAGGUAGGGAUCCACCCGACGUCGUGUCUCUUCGGAGGGAAGCCGUCCUAUGUCGUUUACGUGGAACUCGUUCACACGUCUGCCACGUACAUGAGGAACUUAUGUGUCGUGGAACCGUCUUGGCUUCUUCAGGCCUCGCCCGAGUUCUUUCACGCCCAUCGUUUCCAUUCCAUUCGCUCCUGAUUGUGUCCUCGUCUUCAACCUUCCCCAGAUUUUGAGGGUGUAUGUUGGCUUACACGUGGAUCCAAUUGAAUAAACAUGCAUUAGAG